CAGGCGCGCCGAGCUGCCGGGCGAGCGCCGUUAGGGCAGCCUGGCUCCCGGCGCCCGCCCCGCGCCCCUGGGAGCGGCGUCUCGUCCCCUGUCGCCGCUCAGGCCUCGCUGGUGCCCGCGGACAGGUAUCAGCGCGCCUCCCAAGCGGCUGCGGGAGACAUUGAGUCCGGACAAGGGAAGGACGGUUUGUCAGGCGGGUGACCAAUGGAAUUUCUGAUCAUGGGUGGGCCGUGAGAAGUGGGCGUGGUCAGAGGCUGAGUCUGAGUCCGAGGUUUCUAGUGCCCCGACUGCCAGAGCCGCUCGGGGAGCCGAACUGAGCGGACGUGGGGGUGAUUCGCCCCGCGUAGAAACGCCGGCCGAUGCUUUCUCUUUGGGACCCGGACUCCAGUGCGGGAGUCUUAUAGCUGGAUCACCCAGGAAGAGAAGUUCUAAAGCAGUAAGAAGAAAAGCAUUUCAAUUUGGGACACUGACUUGCAGCUGGAAAUGGGGAAUGGACUAUCAGAACAGACUUCUAUCCUGUCCAGCCUGCCUUCAUUUCAGUCCUUCCACAUUGUUAUUCUGGGUUUGGACUGUGCUGGAAAGACAACUGUCUUAUACAGGCUGCAGUUCAAUGAAUUUGUAAAUACUGUACCUACCAAAGGAUUUAACACUGAGAAAAUUAAGGUAACCUUGGGAAAUUCUAAAACAGUCACUUUUCACUUCUGGGAUGUAGGUGGUCAGGAGAAAUUAAGGCCACUGUGGAAGUCAUAUACCAGAUGCACAGAUGGCAUCGUGUUUGUUGUGGACUCUGUUGAUGUUGAAAGGAUGGAAGAAGCCAAAACUGAACUUCAUAAAAUAACUAGGAUAUCAGAAAAUCAAGGAGUCCCUGUACUUAUAGUUGCUAACAAACAAGACUUGAGGAACUCAUUGUCUCUCUCAGAAAUUGAGAAAUUGUUAGCAAUGGGUGAACUGAGUUCAUCAACUCCUUGGCAUUUGCAGCCUACCUGUGCAAUCAUAGGAGAUGGACUAAAGGAAGGACUUGAGAAACUACAUGAUAUGAUAAUUAAAAGAAGAAAAAUGUUGCGGCAACAGAAGAAGAAAAGAUGAACAUCGAUGCCUUUUAUAUCUGUGUGGAGUAGGUUUUCUCUGGUUUGAUUUUGACAAAUGGAAGAGUGUCUAUAGCCUGGUUUGCCUGUCUGCCCUCCUGGAUGCUUUUAAGGCUUUGUUUUCUUGAACAGUCAAAUGCUCUACUCCGUUGCCUUGUGGAAGAUGAGUAAAUGCGGUGCUUCUUAAAGUGGUCUCUUCUCCCUACCCCACAAAUCUUUUGGUACUACCAUUUUGGGAAGCCAAGCAAGGAUAGUAAAUUGACCAGAACACAGUUGUGGAAAUUUGACCUGAAGUUAGUGAAAUAAAACUUUGAAGAUUGUCUGCCUAA